CCGAUCACUCGAACGCUGACAGAGACGUGUUGAACACUCAGCUAGACAGAUAUAGCAGCAGCUGGAGUAACAGUGUCCCAAACAGGCGCCGUAACACACUUCAGUGUUACUCUCCUCUGCCAUUGCUCAGUCAAACACCUUCUGGAUAACCGCACUGCUCCGUGAGGUGCAUAUACAGCCAAAAUGGAGAUUUCACUUGAAGAUGAUAGAGAGAGUUCAACAACGCCCAACUUAGAAUACAAGGCCGCUCACCAGGCGUUCAAGGAUCGCUGGAAAGAGACGGAUGACUCCAUGUGUCGCCACAGCAUGUCCUUUCACCUGCACCACUCGCUGAGGAGCGAGUUCUUUGCCAGCUACCUGUACCUGCUGGAGAAGAUUCCCGUGGUGAAGCUGUUUCCAGUCACCUGUGAGUACAUCAAAGGAGAGAAACAGUUUUACUACCGAGCUCAGCAGUUCUACGAGGACGUCCCCGCCUCGGAGGAGGGCAUGCUGGGAGAUUUUGUGGAGAUUUGCAACGUUGAUCUGGAGGGCUCCCGGCAGUUUCUGAAGAGGUUUGUGGGUCCUGGUAUGGCCGGCACACACUGCGCCCUGGACUGUGGCUGCGGGAUCGGCCGCGUGACCAAAGGCGUCCUCCUUCCCGUGUUCGAGAAAAUGGAGAUGGCGGACAUGAUGGAGCACUUCCUGCUCCACGCACACGAGGAGUACCUCGGCGACGACGCCGACCGCAUCGAGACCUACUACUGCUACAACCUGCAAGAGUUCACACCUCCAAAAAACAAGUAUGACGUCAUCUGGAUGCAGUGGGUGGCAUGCCACCUAACAGACAAGGACCUGAUGAACUUCCUGUUUCGCUGUAAGAAGAGUCUGCGUCCAAACGGCGUCAUCAUAAUGAAGGACAAUAUGGCGCGGCAGGGCUGCAAGCUGGACCCCAUCGACAGCAGCAUCAGCCGCCACCUGGACAUCAUGAAGUGCAUCAUCGCCAAGGCCGGCCUGGAGGUCCUGGCUGUGGAGAGGCAGGAAGGUUUCCCUGAGGUCAUCAUGCCUGUCUGGAUGAUUGCCAUGAAGUAGAAGUGACAUUAUUACUUUUAAAAGAUGGUUGUCGCUCCAUUUGACAAAAAGAGGAAAACCUAAAGCUGAAUUCACGUGUUAUUCCUCUUUUGUCUAAGUUAGAUUUGUGAUUAAAAGUCUCUAAAAAAAACUACAACAACACAGCAAGAAAUCUUCACGAUGUCAUCAGUAGAUAAAUCCUGAAGCGGCGGUGUGGACGGCGUGAUGGCACCCGGGGAGAUUUUAUGGAGACAGGAGUUAUUUUUCUGCUCGGCCCAGAAAUGAAAUAAAGCUUUUACAUGGACAUUAACCUUCUACAGAAGCACUCUGCACGUCCACAAAGCCAGACUGUAAUUUAUUGUCAGUCGACCACCUCCGGGGUUUGUAUCUUGAUGACAUCAAAGAUCAACUCUCUGGAGUGUAACUCUGGGAGAAGCUUGUUCCUGUCUGAACCACGAGGAUCAUUGGAAUAACAUGUGCAUUCAGAUGGUUUCUCCUCUGAGUGAAUGAUUUGUAUCCGUUUUUGACGAAAUCCAACAUGUUACAGCACAAGUGCAACAUAUCAUCAGCAAUAAUGUAUCAUGUUCGAAUUCUUUAAAAAACAAUAUUGCUUUCUAUUUUCGUGCACGAUUAACAUGCGAUCUGUAUCUGGA